AUGCCUUCUCAACGACCUUUCUUCCUCUCCACCUUCUUCAACUCUUUUAGACAACAGUCUCCCUCGGCGGCGGCGCUAUCAUCACAACAACCGAACAAGCACACCACACAGACAUCAUCGUCAUCGUACGCCACACAGUCCGCCGCUUCAGCGCCACGAGCCAUCUCCUCGAACACAUCCCCAAGUAGCGGUGGAAAUAACGCGAACGCCAACUCGACAACCCGGUCGGCAUCAGGAGUCGUGAACCAAUACCCAUUACAUUCCCCGCGCGGGGGCAUCCCCAUUCCCGGCAGCGCGAACCGACGGCGCGGAAGCGACAGCAGUAGCGAGGGAUUCCGCGAUGUGUUGGGUGCCGAUAAGUGGUAUAUCGGAGGACGAACCGCCGGUGGCGAGGAAAAGUUCUUCAAGCUAGGCGUCGUUCGAAGGGUGCGCAGUAACGACGGCCUGAGUCUGGAUCGACUGAGUUUAUAG